CCGGAGCACGACCGCCUUUACUUGUAUUAACAAGUGGUGGUUCCUGCCAAAUUUUUUUUUUUUUUUUUAAAUUCCUUUCAAUAUUGAGUUUCUCUGCAACUAGCCGUCGAAGGGAGGAAACGAAGUGGAGAAGAUUGUUGUUGCCGUUUUUAACCUAGUUUGAAGAUGACGUCUUAUGGAGAUAGACUGAAGUCGACCUCCAUUAAUGGAGUUAAGCUAUACCAUGUUUCAUCUGCCCCAAAUGUUGCGACUUGGCUCAAUGCUAAGAAGCAACGAGCUCUCCGUAAAAACCCCCAUUAUAUGCAAAGAGUGGAGCUGAUUCAGGAUUUGAAGUUUGAGACUGCCACUACAAAAAUCAAAGCGACUCCAGACGGAGAGUUUCUGAUUGCUUCAGGCAUAUAUCCACCACAGGUCAAAGUUUAUGAGCUAAGGCAGCUUGCUUUGAAGUUUGAGAGGCAUUUGGACUCGGAGAUAGUUGAUUUUGAGAUAUUGGAUGAUGACUACUCAAAGCUUGCCUUUUUAUGUGCUGAUCGUUCUAUUAAUCUACACGCCAAAUACGGGAAACACCACAGUUUACGGAUUCCAAGGAUGGGGAGAGACAUGACAUAUGAUUCCUGGUCUUGUGAUCUGCUUUGCGCUGCAUCUUCACCAGAUCUAUACAGAAUCAAUUUGGAGCAGGGAAGAUUUCUCGCUCCUCUCAGCACUCAAUCCCCAGCCCUUAAUGUUGUCUCUCGAAGUAACCUCCAUGGAUUAGUCGCUUGUGGUGGUGAGGAUGGUGCUGUGGAAUGUUUUGAUAUGAGAAUGAAAUCCUCUGCUGCUAGAAUUAACGCGGUUACACAUGGUGGCGAUGCUCCUGCGGAGGUUACUGCUAUAGAGUUUGAUGACACUGAAGGUCUUCAAGUAGCUGUCGGUAGUAGUGCGGGAAAGGUAUUCAUAUACGACUUGCGUACUUCAGCUCCCAUACGAGUGAAGGAUCACAUGUAUGAGAGCCCAAUUUUGAGUAUUAAGUGGCAACGGACUCUUAAUACUCAACAACCUAAGUUGAUUACUACUGACAAGCACAUUGUUAGAGUAUGGGAUCCGAAUACGGGAGAAGGUAUGACCAGCAUCGAACCGACUGGAGGAGGAAUAAACGAUAUUUGUGUGUUCCGUGAAAGUGGACUUAUGCUUCUGGCUUUAGACUCUAGCCUAAUCCCAUCUUACUUCAUACCUGAACUUGGUCCUGCCCCCAAAUGGUGUUCUCCUCUUGAAAAUCUAACGGAAGAGAUGGAGGAAACUGGGCAGACAACUAUUUACGAUAAUUACAAAUUCGUGACGAAGGCAGAUCUGGAGAAAUUGCAACUGACUCAUUUGAUUGGCACAGAUCUCUUAAAAGCUCAAAUGCAUGGAUAUUUUAUUAAUCACCAACUGUACAAAAAGGCCUUGGCAGUGGCUGAACCUUUUGCAUAUGAUAAUUACUUAGAACGCAAGAAGCAAGAGAAACUUGAAGCAGAACGUAGCCAGAGAAUCACAAAGAAGAAAAGGUUGCCAAAGGUUAAUCGUGAUCUCGCUCUCACCAUCCACAACGAGGAAGAUGGAGAAGAGGAAAAGAAAAGUGUCGAGGAUGAAGAAGCCACGAAGAAAGUGUCGAAGAAGAAGAAACCCGGACUUAGUGGCGAGAAUUUCGAAGAUGGACGGUUUACAGCGAUGUUCCAGAAUCCGGACUACCAAAUCGAUCAGGACUCUUAUGAAUAUGGUGUCCUGCACCCUAUUGCUUCUUCUAAGAAGCAACCUUCUCUGCUAGAAGAACACUUUGAAGCUGUAACAGAUGACGACGAGAACAGCGAUUCUGAUGCAUCACAAGCUACCGAUGACGAAGCCGAUGAUGAGAACACAAGGCCAAGCAAGAAAUCGAAAACUCCAAAGUUGUUUGAAGUGAAAAACGAGCGGCAUGCAGAAGCUUUCUACAACCGCACAUCACUGGCUAAAGAAGACAGUCUUCCAAUGGAGGAGCGUGUUAAGGCUAUAGAGAACCGACGUGGCAACUUUGGAGCCUCGAAAGAUGUUAAAUUCGGUCCUGGAGGAUCCCGGGAGAUUUCUUUCAACGCGAGACGCUCAUCCAAAUACAAUGAAGACAGAGAAGAUAGAGACGAUGAAGAUGGAGACGGCCAACGAAACAGGAGGAGAGGAAUUCAGUCUCUUGGACUGAAAGCGGAUGUUGUUAGAGGCGGUUUCAGAGGUAGAGGAGGUGGCGGUUUUAGAGGGAGAGGAGGUGGCCGUUCCCGGGGAAGAGGAGGUGGUGGUCGUGGUGGAGGUUCCAGAGGAAGAGGUGGCCGCGGUGGUGGCCGUGGUGGCGGAGGAAGAGGCGGGCGAUGAUACAUGUAGCUCUCAGAAGAUUUUAUAUUACUUUUUGAAAAUGCUUUACUAUUUAAGAAGAAUCUUUGAGACUUCAUUGAUUCACAUUCACAAUUUUGGAAUAUUUUUUUGACCUGUUCUUAAAAUGUAUUAAGUCUGAUGUCCGAAUCAGAACAACAUUAUUUUGAUUCCUUGGGCUUAAAGGUAA